CACACACUCACUCAGACACACACGCCCAGACAGUCAGGGUUUACAGCAUGUGUCAGCAUGUUUUAUGGUUGAGCCAUGUUUAAUUAUUUACUCCAGUCUUUCUCAGGCCACAGCGGUGUCAGUUACCAACACACUAACACACUGCCUCCUCUCCUCCACUCCACGUCCAGUUCAAUACGAUUAACUCUUCUCACACAGAGGCUCUGCUACGUUUCCUGGAUGAUUUAAGACCUGCAGACCCUCUCGAGGUUUCACUGACAGUUACACUAUUCUGGAAAUGAACAUGUCGGGGAUGAAUAGUGAUCAGCUGCACCGCUCCACCUUGGGGAUUUACUCGAGCUUGAUGGAUGACUUCAACCCGAGCCUACAGAAACUGGUUUUACUGGGAAACGGCUACGUCCAAGCCUUCCAGGCUCUGGCUGUAACGAGUGAGGCCUACUUCAGUGCACUUUCACAGAUUGGAGAGAAGGCUCUGCACACCAUUUCCUCACACUCCUUAGGUGAGGUCCUGAUUCAGAUCUCUGAGAACCAGAGAAGACUCACCACUGAGCUGGAGGGAGUAUUCCGCUGGUUCAAUGUGGAGGUUCUUCAGGAGAUGGAUAACAACAUUAGACUGGACAGAGAUUACAUAUCAGGCAGCAGGAAGCACUACGAGAUGGAGGUCCACACACAGGCAGCGGCUCUGGAGAGACAGCUGCGGAGAGGAGCCAAUCAGGAUUGCAGCGAGUAUAUGCAGUUCCUCAGGGAGAGUCACUGCGAGGCUCUGAAGGAGGAGGAGAGACGAUACCGCUUUCUGUCUGAGAAACACUGCGGCCUGAUACAAUCCUUCGCCCACCUCAUGAAUAAGACAGGAGGUUCUCUCCAGCAGAGCGCUGCAGCCUGGACGGAGGAGGCGGACGCCACCAGAGGACCCGAGGCCAGACGACCCACUUCUGCAGACAACUCUGUGAGGAAGAGCAGAGAGGAGCUGACCCUUGGCAACAUACCAUCAAGAGCGCCGUCUCCCCAGGGAAGCAUUUCUCGCUCUACAGGAGGAAGAUCCACAAGAGCGCGGGUUGCCCACCAGCCUGGUGGCUCCAACCCCACCCUGCUGGCAUUCAGCAGGGGAGAGAUGAUCACUGUGCUGGUUCAACAGCCCAGGAACGGCUGGCUGUACGGACGUGCUGAUAGCAGUUCACGUCAGGGAUGGUUUCCAGCCGACUUUGUGGAAGCAGUGGACGAUCCUCCAAAGACAAGCAGCUCUGGUGCCUCCUCUCAUCGAAGCAACAGCAGCAUUAGCAGCAUGAGCAGCCUGCUCAACCAAUCAGGGAGCAGCAGCCACAGCGCAGCCCCGCCCCCUCCACCUCCACCGCCUCCACCUUCAAAUAAACAGUACGAGAUGAGACCAGUUGCACCGACUGCUAACAAUAGGAGUUAUGAGUCUAAUUCAGAAAACAAGAGAUCAAAACCACCUGGAUCACAACCAGAACUCUUCCCGAGGGGUACCAACCCAUUUGCCACAGUUAAGCUGAGGCCCACGUCCACCAAUGACAGAUCGGCCCCACAUCUGUAUCGAUGAUGACAUCUUUACCCUGAAACAAGCUCUUUUGUCAAGCUUUACGUUUCAUUCUUGACCUUGGAAAUAGGAGAAAAUAAGUAUGUCUGGUCCAAUGUCAGUAAGCAGACCUUCAGUGGACCUGGUGUUUGUCAUACACACUGAUUGCCAUAUUGUCCUUGUGCAUAGAUGCACACAAGGUUGGAGAAAGAGGACAAAAAAAUGUAUUAAUGUUGUAUAAUUCUUGGAGUCACACAAGGACUGUAGAUGUAUAUUAUUUAGAUCUUGGUAAACCAAAUAUUUUGUUGUUGAUUUUUUAAUAAUUGGCUCUGUUUUUGUGAUUUGUAAGAUAGUGAAAAUGAAUCACUGUGAUACAAACGUGUUUAUGUAACAUGAACUUACAUGUGCAUUGAUCUUAGCUGGUUCUAAAUCCUUAUUACUGCUCUGACAUGUUUGAUUUAUUGGUACUGUAAUUCUGACAACAAAUGAUAUGUAAAUGACUCAUUACUGUAUAUUAUUGUCCAUUUGGAAAUAAAUGCUUAUUGUCUA